CAGACUUCUGUCUCUGUCUGUAAUCUCACAGAGAUAAAGAAGAGGAAGAUGUCCUCAUCAUCCUCAUUUGAUCAUUGCACCGGGGCAUAAAGACAUGAUGGAGGCUGUGUUUUCUCUGCAGGGUAAAUCGGUGCAGCUCAUCUCUAAACGCUUCACCGUCUGAUUGAUGACGACGCCAACCGGAAGCGCUGCAGGGGUUCUACGUCACUUGACAGUGUCGGUUGCCGAUCACGCGAGCUGCAGUGGAGAGUCUGUCUGAUCUAACGGCGGAUCCAACCGGAGACUUUGUGGACGUUAACUCAUCGUUACCGUUUGAAUUAUCACUAUCCGGUAACUUGUUUUUUAGCCUUCUUGGGGCUAAGUACGGAUUCAUCCUGGAAGCACCCGGAGAACCGCGGAUAUCAACGCGGCAUGGCUGCUUCGUGACCCGCGGCAGGUGCGAGGAGAUGCCCGGGGAGCCGCCGGCGGGAACCGGCCGAGUGGUGCUGGUGAAGAAGAUCAUCAUGAAGGACGGAUCUGCGCUGCAGCAGGGCAUCGGCAGGCCCAGCGUCUAUCAUGCGGUCGUGGUCAUCUUCCUGGAGUUCUUCGCCUGGGGAUUACUCACCACGCCCAUGCUCACUGUUUUACACGAAACCUUCCCCCAGCACACGUUCCUCAUAAACGGACUCAUCCAGGGCGUGAAGGGUCUGCUGUCGUUCAUGUCGGCUCCACUGAUUGGUGCGUUGUCCGACGUUUGGGGGAGGCGGACCUUCCUGUUGGUUACCGUCUUCUUCACUUGUGCUCCGAUCCCGCUGAUGAGGCUCAGCCCGUGGUGGUACUUUGCCAUGAUCUCCAUGUCCGGAGCUUUCUCUGUCACCUUCUCCGUCAUCUUCGCCUACGUUGCUGAUGUGACGGACGAGAGAGAAAGAAGUACAGCGUACGGCCUGGUGUCGGCUACUUUCGCAGCCAGCCUGGUGACGAGUCCGGCGAUCGGGGCGUACCUGUCCGCCUGGUACGGUGACAACCUGGUGGUGCUGGUGGCCACGCUGAUCGCUCUGGCCGACAUCUGCUUCAUCCUGUUGGCCGUGCCCGAGUCUCUGCCGGACAAGAUGAGGCUCAACACCUGGGGGGCGCCAAUAUCCUGGGAGCAGGCGGACCCGUUCGCUUCUCUGAGGAAGGUGGGUCAGGACCCCACGGUCUUACUGAUCUGCAUCACUGUGUUCCUGUCGUACCUGCCUGAAGCAGGACAGUACUCCAGCUUCUUCCUCUACCUGAGACAGGUCAUUAACUUCUCCUCCACGACCCUCGCUGUUUUCAUUGGCGUUGUGGGCAUCCUGUCGAUCGUAGCACAGACUCUGUUCCUCACGCUGCUCAUGAGGACUCUGGGGAACAAAAACACGGUCCUGUUGGGUUUGGGCUUCCAGAUCCUUCAGCUGGCCUGGUACGGCUUCGGGUCCGAGCCUUGGAUGAUGUGGGCAGCAGGUGCAGUAGCAGCGAUGUCCUCCAUCACCUUCCCGGCCGUCUCUGCGCUCGUGUCACAGUCUGCUGAUCCUGACAAACAAGGUGUGGUCCAAGGGAUGAUCACGGGGAUCAGAGGUCUGUGUAACGGUCUGGGUCCAGCUCUGUAUGGAUUCGUUUUCUUCCUCUUCAACGUGGAGCUCAACGCCAUGGACCCCAUCCAGGGAGACUUCAGCAUCGACCCUCUGCCCAUGAGCAAUCCCACAGAGCGAGCCCUCAUCCCCGGCCCGCCCUUCCUGUUAGGGGCGUGCACUGUGGUCGUGGCCUUCCUCGUUGCUCUAUUCAUCCCUGAGAAGCCCACCUGCUCCUCCUCCUCCUCCCACCUGUCCCUCAGCGACAAGCCCCGCCCAGACAGCAAAGAGUCAAUGUCCUCACUGGCCGGCGUCCACAUUAACACGCCUCUACCAGGCAGUGACGAGGAGACCCCUCCCACUGCCAGUGACGAGGACUUUGAGCCGCUGCUGCAGGACAGUAUUGUUUGAUUGACAGCUUGAAACCCACACAGGGUGGAGCUUGAUUAAGUGACUCUUUGUUUCAGGACAAAGAACCAGUUAUUCAUUUCCAAGGUGGGACUAAGUGUUCUUUUAUUGUCAAAAGAGUGACGGCAAGAAGCUCCAAUCGCUCCAUCUCUUUACCAGAAGGGAAUAUUAUUUCCUGCUACGGGUACGGAGGUUACAACAUCUGACGAGUGACCAAUGAGGAAGUGUCCUUCUCAAGGGAGCGGGAACUAUACGCUGCUACGAUGUCAUCUGUUAAUUUGACAGUAUUAUGAUUGAAGGAAAGAAGGCAGGGCCAACAGGGACAUCACAGUUACAUGGAGACCAUCGCCUGAUAGAUACAAGGAAGGACCAACUGUGUUUUUCCAAGGAGUGGACACGCCCACUUUUGGGAUACGCCCACUUUUGGGACUGGCCCUCAUAGAGUCCCCCUCUGAAGGGAGGGAGCAGUAUUUUUGUGGCUUUAUUGAAAGGAUUACUGUUCAUCUUUAAGCUUGAAGUUGUUGAUUGUUUUUGUGAUAACAUGAAAAGGUAUUUUUACCUUCAGCUGUAUCAAUCUGAAGCUGUAUUUUAAUUAUUUCUAAUUGGUUCUUGUACAAAAAGACGUCUGCAACAUAUUUACAGCAGCCAAAACAUCAGUGUGGUUUAUAUUUUUGUGCGUAUUGAAGAACAAUUUUUUGUUACAGUUUUUUCUUCUUUUGGCAGGGUUGACGGAUUUUUUUAUUUUUUUAAGUGUACAGUAUCUCACCUGCUGUCGAUGCUAACAUGGUAUGAAUGUGACUAGCUGAGAGACGAGUCAGCAACAUGAAAUCCUACAUGUCCAAAUAUCAGUUUAAAGAUAAUUUAUCCUUAAGUUCACCCAGGGAACUGUCUUAGCCAAAAAAAAAGAAGCCCAGAAGAUAUAUUUAUUGUACAUAUUUUAAAACCCAAGAAUGAAACAGAAAUUAAUUUAAUAACCAAACACCUCACUUUAACAUACCUUUCCUUCUUAUUCCACCGUUCAGUGUCGCUGUUUGUCACUCUACCUCAGAUCAGUGUGUUUUAAAAUCACUUUGAACCUGGAUUUCACGUCACCUUCCUUUUAUUUUUAUAUCAAAGUCACUUUAUAAAAGUGCUGCUGGCUGCUGGCGGGGAAAACCUCCGAGCUGAGACUCUCUGUCAAACUUGCACAGUGGAGGAAGAAGCGUAUUGUUUUUAGUUAUUUUGCAUGCAUCAAGUCAACAAUGACACAUUAUUUCAGGAUUAUGCUCUCGACACAUCCACUGCUUUGUUGUGUUUAUGUUUUAAGUCCUACUUGAGGCACUUAUUUAUUCAUUUUUGUAUAUAUUUCAGAUACAACCCGUUUCUCCAGCACCAAAUUUGAUAUCCACAUAACGUGUUGGCAUAUAUUCUGGUUGCACCGAGACAUCAUGUCACUUACUGUGUUCUGACCUAAAGCGAGUUUUUAGCGACUGUUGAAGGCCAAAAAUGAGUUCUAAUUUUGCGUUAAGCUAUGCAACUUUGGUCUUGAGUUUACGCGGAUCAGUUUUCCCCAAAACUAGAAAGUAUUUCGCCAGAACUGAUCAACCUUUGAAACGAGAAUCUUAAAAUCAGAUUGUCCGAUAAAGCAAUGAUUUAGAUCAUCUACGAAACUCCUCGUGCGUUGUUGUUAUUCUGGCGCUCUUUCAUAUCCCUUUUCGACCAACGCAAACCUUGUUCUAGUUCCGGGCUGGCGCUCACGCUGGUUCGGGGCUACUUAAACUUGCGAACCAACUCAGCACCAGUUUGUUUUUUCUGCCCACUCGAGCCCGUGGAAGAGCCACGUCAUGACGUCACUUCUAUGUGACCACUUUUCCCAGCAGCUCUAGCAGACAACGUAGCAUGCUUGCUGGUGUUGCUCCUGAAGAGAACUUUAUUAGCACUUCUGUACUACUCGUCGUGCUUUACAUGGACGUCAACUUCCCCCCUCGCCCCUGACGUAAGCGAUUCGCGGUUCUAAACCAGCAAAGAGUUGGUGCUGCUCUGGAACCUGUUUUCCUGGUUUUCAUUUGAGCACCGGCUCCGAACCGGCCCUGAAACUGCCUCGGUGGAAAAGGACUAUCAGUCUAUGAUUUAAACCCCAGCACAAUCCAUGCACUGAUUACUUAAGACCUAUUCCAGCCGGCGUCUGACUUUCUAGAUACAGUGAAACUGAGACUCGGUGGAGUCGGAUGGAUUAGUGCUCCACCACUGAAACGGAGCGAGCCUGGUCCUGCAGAAACUUCCUUCGCUCUUGGUCCGAAAACAGAAUCAGCUCGCCAGAUGUAGCUCACUAAACCUCGUUCAUCCUCCAGUUUUACUUCAAACUAUAGAGAACCUUUUUAUUCCCCAGCACUUAACUUCUAAUGGCGUCACGUUGCGGCCGCGUGUCACCGCAGAGUGCCGGUUUAGAGACGCAGUGUGACGCCAUGUUUCCGUCUCCCUUCGUCCGGUGUUGGCGUGCCUUCAACGAGCUCAUGUUUCACCAUCAGCUGACGAUGUCUCCACUUUGUUUCUCUGUCAGCCGGAGAUUCUGCAGACGUGAGGUUUCCCCCGUGCCAGCAGUGGUUUUCCUUUGAAUGAACUUAUACUUGAAGCAUUAGAGAGAGAUUUUAUGAGCUUUAGAGAUGCUGAAGAGUUUAAGAGUAUAUAACUGACACAGAGUGUACAUAGCUAUUUGCUUUAUGACCUUAAAAUGUAAACAUGUGAAUGAUAUAACGGUUUGUAUAUAUGGUGACGAGGCGUGGGUUGGCUUGUUCGUCAUUGAUUCCAGUGCAGUGAAGCUCAAUGGCACUAAAACGGUAUGGAUUUGGGUUCUGCAACCUUUUUACGACAUCACACUGACGUACGAGCAUCAGUCUGUGUUGGUUUUUCUCAUCCAUGCAAACACAUACACACACACUCCCCUCUUUCUCUGUUCUGUUUACAUGCACACCUGUAUCCUGGGAAUCUUUUUCUGUAUUUUUCGUACGUUGGAACACAAAGAUCAUGUACUCUUUUUAUACAACUUUAAAGGUGCUAGAUCAGAUCACGUUUUCUGCUUUUUCUUUCAUCAGUUUGAGCUUUUUUAUCGAUUAAACUUAGGUUUCAUUUCACUAACAUAGCUACACACCCCUCUUUCUGCUUACAGAUAAACCAGCUUCUUUUUUAACGACCCAGAUCCUCUUAUCUAGACAUUUAUAAACCCGGAUUAAGUAAAUCCGGGUUCUGUAGUCAGAAUAUGAUGUUUAUAUCAAUGAGUAUUCCUGAAACCCAUAACUCGUAGGAUAUUAGCGUACAUGUGAGCACUCACUCGCUCAUGGGAGUGGUUUGAUUUCCUGCACCUGUGAGACUGACUCAGCGGUGUAAAUAUUAUACAUGGGUUGGUUGUCUGUAAAUGUGAAGACAUUAGUGUACAUGGGAUUCACUGUAAAUACACUCUGUUGUCUUGUCUGAAGGUGUAUACAAGCAGAUGUUGGUUAUUGGAAAUUAAAACUAAACACUUGCUAUCCA